AUGUUAUAUAAUAGAUCAAGUAUCAUAAAACGUAAUGAGAAUAAUAAAUAUAUGUCCAAACGUUAUUAUGCAAUUAUGUAUCAUAAAAUGAUAUCUGGGGAAUAUAAUAUAAAAAAAAAUAGAAUGUUUUGUUACAUUCUUGUAAAAAUAUUAUUUAUUAGUUUUUUCAUAUGUAUAUUGAACAUAUCGAGCCAUGAUACGUACUGUAAGGAGGGCAAUAAGAAAGAUAAUAUAAAAGGGUUAUUUAGUAUAAGAUCAAUCAGAUUAUUAUCUGAACGUAAACAAAGAAAUUAUGGUAGACCUCAACCUACUGUAUAUGUUAAUAAUGGUGAGGAAGAAUAUUAUGAAGAAGAAUAUUCAGAGGAGGAUACUUCGACAGAUGAAUAUGCUGAAGGGGAAUAUUAUGAUGAUGAAGUAAAUGAAGAAGGAAAUUAUUAUGAAGAAUAUUAUGAGGAAGAAGGUGAAAAUUAUAAUAACGUUUUAGAAAAAUAUAAUGGUUAUACAUCAAAAAGUGGAGGUGUGUCAUCAAUGUUAAAAUCUGUUAUAAGUGGUUUUACUGAAACAUGUAACGAUGUAAAAGAAGCAGUGAAACCUAAUAUAAAUACUUUAAAAGAUACCCUAUCAAGUGGUAUAACAAAUAUUGAUAAACAUGUUGUGGGUAAUGUUUCUAAUAUAAUAAAUAAAAUAACAAAAGAUUAUGAGGAAGAUAGUGAAGAAUAUGAUCCUUAUGAUGAAUAUAAUGAAUAUGAUCUAUAUGAUGAAAAUUUGAAUGAACAAAUGUCUGAUGAAAUGGAAUAUGAAGAGAACCAUAAUUUUCCUCCUAGUCGUCCUGAUCUUAUGAAAAGGGCAUCAAAUAACAUGCAAAAAGUUCCAAGUAACAUAAAUGUUAAUACUGUAAAUAAAGAAAAUAAGUUUUCAAAUACUGGAAAUAAAUUUGUAGGAGAAUUUAAAAGUAAUGCUGAUGGUGGUAUGAAUAACAAGGUAAAUAAUACAAAUAAUCCAUCAAAUGGCAUUAAAAGUAAUGCUGAUGGUGGUGUGAAUAACAAGGUAAAUAAUACAAAUAAUCCAUCAAAUGACAUUAAAAGUAAUGCUGAUGUUGGUAUGAAUAACAAGAAAUCUACGACCAAAACUUUUGUGAAUGAAUUUAAAAAUAACGAUGAAGGAGGUAUGAAUAGCAAGACAUCUACGACCAAAACUUUUGUGAGUGAAUUUAAAAAUAAUGAUGAUGGAGGUAUGAAUAACAAGAAAUCUACGACCAAAAAUUUUGUGAGUGAAUUUAAAAAUAACGAUGAUGGAGGUAUGAAUAACAAGAAAUCUACGACCAAAACUUUUGUGAAUGAAUUUAAAAAUAACGAUGAUGGAGGUAUGAAUAACAAGAAAUCUACGACCAAAAAUUUUGUGAGUGAAUUUAAAAAUAACGAUGAUGGAGGUAUUAAGAAAGAAACAUCUACGACCAAAACUUUUGUGAGUGAAUUUAAAAAUAAUGACGAUGGAGGUAUUAAGAAAGAAACAUCUACGACCAAAACAUUUGUGAGUGAAUUUAAAAAGAAUGCUGAUGGAGGUAUUAAGAAAGAAACAUCCACAACCAAAACUUUUGUGAGUGAAUUUAAAAAUAAUGACAAUGGAGGUAUGAAGAAAGAAACAUCUACGACCAAAACAUUUGUGAGUGAAUUUAAAAAUAAUGAUGAUGGAGGUAUGAAGAAAGAAACAUCUACGACCAAAACCUUUGUGAGUGAAUUUAAAAAUAAUUCCGAUGGAGGUAUUAAUAAAGAAACAUCUACGACUAAAAAUUUUGUGAGUGAAUUUAAAAAUAAUUCCGAUGGAGGUCUUAAUAAAGAAGCAUCUACCACAAAACAUUUUUUAGGUGAAUUCAAAAAUAAUUCCGAUGGAGAUCUCAAUAAAGAAAUAUCGACACCAAAAAAUUUUGUGAGUGAAUUUAAAAAUAAUGCUGAUGGGGACCUCAAUAAAGAAAUAUCUACACCAAAAAAUUUUGUGAGUGAAUUCGAAAGGAAUACAGAUUCUUUUAUGAAUAAAGAUCCAUUUGCUCACAGAAAUUUUGUAAGUGAAUUCGAAAGUAAUACAGAUUCUUUUAUGAAUAAAGAUCCAUAUACUCGUAAAAAUUUUGUGAGUGAAUUCGAAAGUAAUACCUACUCUUUUAUUAAUAAAGAUCCAUAUGAUCAUAGAAAAUUUGUAAGUGAGUUUAAAAACAAUUCUGAUGAUGGCAUAAAUAAAGGUUUGGAUACAAAAGUAAGUAUAGUAAAUGAAAAUAAACAUAAUAAUAUGGAUAAUAAAAAUAUGGAAGCAGGUAGUACAAAAAAUGUAUUAAGUGAAGGUAAAUAUAAUGAUAAUGGAAUGAAUAAAAAACCUAGUACUAAUACAAAUAUUAAUAAUGAAAAUAAUAAUAAUACUCAUAAUGAGAGUAUAGGUUUAUCAAAUACUAAAAAUCAUACAGAGCAAAAUGUAAAGACACAUUCAUCAAAUCAUACUGAGAAUGAAACUAAUAAUAAAAUGCAUAAUACUAAUGAAAGAGAAUUUCCCAAAACAGAUAGAAUAAAUCACAAUAACCGUAAAGGAAGUGUUAGUGAAAUUAAUGAAAAUAUAGAUGAAACAAAAAAACAUAUUCCAUCUAAUAAAAAUUAUACAAAUCAUACUCAUGAAGAAAAUAAAGUAGAAAAAAAAAUGAGCGAUCAGGAUGAAAUGAAGGGACCAAAAGAUGUCUCUAAAAAUGUAGAAUCAAUUUCAUCACAAGGAAUGAGAAAACAUAUUCCUUAUAAUACUGUAAAAAAUAAACAUUCAGGAUUAAAUAUACCAAAAAAUAUUCCAGUAAAUAAUGGAAGAUUGAAAAAAGGAUGUACUGUACAUGAAAUAGAUUUUAUGGGUAAUAGUUCUAGAAGUACUACGAAAGAUACAAGAGAAAAUGUUAAAAUUAAAGAGAAAUGCAAUUCUGGAACUACUACAGGAAAAGAAAAAAAUAACAAAAAAAAUGAAAUAGAGAAAUUAAAAUCUGACUUUAUAAAUUCUAAAAAUAUUUCACCUAAAAAAGAAAAACAUAUAGGAGAUAAAUUAAAACCUAAUGUUGGAACUUCUAAAAAUAAUGAAACAAAAAAAGAAAAAAAUGUUCCUGAUAAAGUAAAAAUUGAAAAAAAUUCUAGUAAAGGUAGUGAAUUAAAAAAUACGAAUACUAAGGAAAAGGAUGUGAAAGGUAAAAUUGUUGAUAGUAAAGAAAAAACGACCGAAAAAAAGGAAAAUAAUCAUAAGGUAGUAAAUUUUCAACCAAGUAACAUAAACAGAAAUUUGCUCAGAAAAAUAUUACGAUAA